UGAUGUUCUUGUCUUCCAAUUAACAUAGCAGAACUGCAGAACCCUAAUCCAUGGCUUGGCGAUGGCGGCUCAUCAGCUUCUUGCUCUGGCUCCCAUCGUUCUGGAAUGACUGGAACGAGCCUUGUCGGAGACAUUUACUGAAUCAAGAUUCCAAAGAAGCUUUCUCCAUCGCAAGCAAACAGUACAGAACUGCUUUCCAUUUCCAGCCACCUCAAAACUGGAUCAAUGAUCCAAAUGGGCCAAUGCUCUACAAUGGCAUUUAUCACCUCUUCUACCAAUACAAUCCAUACUCAGCAAAGUGGGGCAACAUCACAUGGGGACACUCCAUAUCCACAGACCUCAUCAACUGGACUCCCCUCGACAUCGCUCUCAGGCCAUCGGAGCCCUUUGAUCUGCAAGGAUGCUGGUCUGGCUCUGCCACCAUUCUUCCAGGAAACAAGCCGGUUAUCCUUUACACAGGCAUUAGUGAAUCAGGUCAUAAUGUUCAAAACAUAGCAUUACCAAAGAACAUCUCAGACCCUUUCUUACUAGAGUGGGUAAAGCCUCCCUACAACCCAGUAAUGGUUGCAGAAGGAGUCAAACCAACUCAAUUCAGAGACCCCUCCACUUGUUGGCUAGGUAAGGAUGGCUUAUGGAGAACGACGGUAGGCGCUGAGGAUUUUGAAAAGAAGGCAAAGGCUUUACUUUACAGAAGCAAGGAUUUUGUGAAGUGGACAAGAGCUGAGCAACCAUUGUUUUCUACUGAUUCAUCGUCAAUGAUAGAAUGCAUCGACUUCUUUCCGGUGUCUGCGAAGUGGAAGAGAGGAUUGGAUGGUUCCACAAUUGAAGCAGAGGACGUGAAACAUGUGUUGAAGAUGGGUGUGUUUGAUAACUCGCAUGAUUACUACUUGAUAGGGAAGUAUUUGGAAGAGUUGGACGAGUUCAUCCCUGAGAAUGUGGUCGAAGAUGAUCACCGAAUGUGGCUGAGAUAUGACUAUGGGAGUUUCUAUGCGUCGAAGACAUUCUUUGAUGCUGAGAAUAGGAGAAGGGUCUUGUGGGCGUGGUCGAAUGAGUCUGAUACUAUCUCUGAUGAUAUUGUGAAAGGAUGGGCAGGUGUACAGACUGUUCCAAGGACUAUUUGGCUUGAUGAGAAUGGAAAGCAAUUGGUGCAAUGGCCGGUUAGGGAGCUGGAGUCCUUAAGGAUGGAAAAAGUAGAAUUGAAAGAUGUAAAAGUCAGUAAGGGAGGUCUCAUUGAAAUCAAAGGAGUAAAAGCAUCACAGGCUGAUAUCGAGGUGGAAUUUGAGUUUCCAGAGCUCAAAAAGGCUGAGCUCAUCUACCAUGAUUGGAAGCUUGAUGAUGCGCAGAUGGCCUGCGACGAAAUGUGUUCUUCAGUUCCGGGAAGUAUAGGACCUUUUGGUCUGCUUGUUUUAGCUUCUCAUGACCUUGAAGAACACACUGCAAUUUUUUUCAGAGUUUUCAAGACUAGUACUGCUCAUGCUGUUCUUAUGUGCUCUGAUCAAAGAAAAUCUUCAUUGUGGCCUGAACUGUACAAGCCUGCAUUUGGAGGCUUUGUCUCCACUGACAUAAAAGAGGGGAAGAUUUCUCUAAGGACUUUGAUUGAUCAUUCGGUUGUGGAGAGCUUUGGAGCUGGAGGAAGAACCUGCAUCACUGCUAGAGUAUAUCCGAAGUUGCUGCUUACUGGAGACACUCAUAUAUAUGUAUUCAACAAUGGGUCUGAAACUGUGAAGAUAACGAAGCUGAAAGCAUGGGAAAUGGCAAAAGCUCGGAUUAAUUGAGUAUGUAAAAACCCUUAGAACCUUUAUUUUUCAUACCUAUAAAGGAAUCGAACGUUAGAUGCAAUUCAAAGCUCAUUGUUUUCCCCUAAAUUUUCUUAUGUUUCAAUGAAAAAUAGAUGAAAAUCCUCUUUACUGCGAUU